AUGGAGAGCGGUGGACCCCUUGGCAAAUUAUCACAAGCAGUGACUACAAGCAUUGGGUUUGCGUCUGAGGUGCGCCAAUACAACAAAGCCAAAAAGGCUGCCAGCAAACAGAGAGAGACAGAGCAGCAAGAAAAUAGCACAACACCAGACACAACGCAGACACCAUAUCCAUCUCCCCCAAGAGAGUAUGAGAGUGCAUCCCGAGAAGCAUUUAAUUCGGUAGCUCAGACCGAAGAUGAGCGAGCGUGGCAAUUGGAUGAUGCCCAAGACGCCGUGGUCGAAGGAUCUGAACCUCGGAAGAGUAAAGGAGGGGUGGCCAACCCUGAUAAAGUCAUUGCAGCCUUUUUACAACGCCAGCCCCCCCCUUACUCAGCAGAUAUGGCGACGCGCCCCGUACAAAAACUAGAGUAUCCUGUUGUUAUCCCACAGCGUCGUCCCAAGAACAAGAAACGCGGCUUCGUUCGCGCCUAUGCGCCAGACCUACAGAACGCCGGCAUUGAUCAGGCUGCCUGGCUGGACUUUAUUGAGACGCUAAACGAAGCGAGUCUUGCCAAUCCGUGGAUUAACGCUAUUAAUCUUGCGUCAAUUGCAUUACAGCCUCUUCCCUUUGCUAUCUCGACUGCGAUUUCUGUGGCGGUGAUGGUUGCAACAAACGUCGCAAUGGAGGCCCAAGGUCGAUAUAGACAAAACAAGGCGUUGGAUAAACUCAACAGUGAAUUCUUUCGUCCUCGCGGACUUUACUGCCUUGUAAUGACAUACGAUGCCACAUCAACCAGUCUUCGCGCAAACGUGGAUCUAAACACCACCAUCCAAGACACCAUGAACUCCCAAGGGAGAGCCUCGCACAAAUUCAGUUCCUCCAACGGAAUUACAAGCGAAUUCGAAUUUAUGCAAACCGCAGAACUGGUAUACCCAGGCCUAGAUUAUCUGGCCGCGGCUCCCAAGGAAGCGGGUUUUAAGAACAAGCUCAAACGCGGCAAACUCUUUGUUGACGAGUACAUGGAUAAAAGGGCACAGGCCAAAUUUGUCGAUGGGAAUCCAGAGAGUCUUCUUGCCCAGGGAGGGAAACCGACUUUUAACUCAAAAUACGCUGAUCCAACGCACCCUAUACAUAGCGGCUCGUUGUACUCACUAGUCAGCAUGGGUCGCUAUAAUCCAUCUAGCAACAAUUACAAUAUGGGUGGUGGUCAAUGGCAAGGGCGUAGCCGAGGCAUAGGUAUGGGGGGUCUUAAUGAUAGACUAAACGCACGACUUGGAGAACGAAUGCAGCAACAACAACAACUUGGUUUCGGCGGCGGAGGACCAGUCGGCGCGCUCAUCGGACUGGUUGGCACUGCUGCACAGGCCGUUCGUGAUCGUGGCCAAAAUGCGAAUCCACCUGCUGCCUAUGGGAGCUCUGGGUAUUCAUCACGAUCAUCAUAUCAGCAAGAUCGCUACGAGAAUAACAAUCCACCAGCUUCCCACGGUGGCUCCGAAUUCCAGCCUCAAAUGCAAGCAUCACGGGCUCAGAGAGGUGGUCUCGGUGGCGGUCCUGGAGGGUUAAGCUUGAAAAGGCUUCUCAGUCAGAAAGUACUGUACUUGAUGGUCGUUAAUAUGCCGACAGAGGAAGAGAUGGCUCAAGCGCGAAGUCUGGCCGCAGAAUGGAACAUUCAAGGUGAUCAACCACCGCCAUCCAGUGAUGUUAAUUAUAAUUAUCCUUAG